UCUAGACGUAAUCAGAUAAAACUGACGUGUGUAAAAAGUUCAUCAUCGAUUGUCGCCCAAAUCCUAUAUAAAUCGUACCUACGAUUGAACAAUUAUUUAGUGUUGAAACGUUGCGUGAACCACAUCGAUUUCCUCAUUUCAAUAAAUAGACACAACAAACAAUGAAUAAGUUCCUUAUUGUAUUCGUGUACCUGUUCGCUGCCACCAAUGGCUCCGUCAUCAAUUCACAUGAAUGGGAUGAGUAUAAGAAAAAAGGUUCGUGGAAUUUGAAUGAUGAAAGAGUUCUUUUGAUUCCACAGUCAAAAUAUUCGAAAAAAUAUCAAAAUCAAGCGGAUGAUAGACUUCACAUGGGCAUAUUUUUGCAAAACAAAAACGAAGUGAUGAGACACAAUCAGCUCUUUAACGAAGGGAUCGUUUCAUUCACAAUGAGUCUGAAUGCGUACAGCGAUUUAUCGCAUACCGAAUUCGUAUCUCAAAUGAAUGGAGUGCGAUAUGAUGGUUCGAGUGCUUCGAGAAACACAACAUUCGAUGAACCAUCUCCUUUAAUGCAGCUGGUGCAUGCAGUUUUGCCAAAAUCGAUUGACUGGCGAACUAAGGGAGCCGUAACUAAUGUGGAAGCGCAGGGUAAAUGCCUUUCGUGCUGGGCUUUCUCGGUACUAGGAACCGUUGAAGCACAAAUUUUCCGUAAAACUGGUCGCUUGGUCCAAUUAUCUGCCCAAAAUUUAGUCGAUUGUGCAAAUUCUAAAAACAAAUGCCAACCAAAAUCAAUACAUAAAGCGUUUGAUUAUAUUAAACGCAAUGGACUUGAAACUGCUCGAUCGUAUCCAUAUCGAGGAGACAGUGGUUUGUGCAGGUAUAAUUCGAGAAAUUCAGCUGUCACAAUUAAGGGAUACAAAGAUCUUCCAGAAGGUGAUGAAACAAGCUUGCAACAAGCGAUCGCAAAUAUUGGCCCAAUAUCGGUUUGUGUGGACGCUUCGCAUAAAUCAUUUCAACAUUAUUCGAAUGGGAUUUACUAUGAGCCAAAAUGCCGUAGGAAUAAUAAAUAUUUGCAUCAUGCGGUCCUCGUUGUCGGCUUUGGAACUGAUAAACGUGGCAAAGAAUAUUAUAUCAUUAAAAAUAGCUGGGGACGCAGCUGGGGCGAAAACGGUUACAUGAGACUGGCGCGCAAUCGGAAGAAUCAUUGUGGAGUCGCUACAGUUCCAGCUUUCCCUAUUCUAUAAAUCCAAUCAGUCUUUGACAAUUUUCUCAUCCAAUUUAAAAUUCUGAGAGAACGUUGAAUGGAUGCAGGGCAAUUGCAGUGAUUUAACAUAGGAAAUAUUAUUAAAAAAAAACUUUUGAUAUAAGUUCAAGUCGAAAAUAAAUGGUCGGAUUUUUUCGUUA